AUGCAAACGGUUAUAAGCGUUAUAAAUUUCAUUUGUGCCCCUGAACUUAAUCACCGAAAAUUUAAAGAACUUCUGGAGGAAUCGCGAACUUGUUACAGUGAUGAUCUCCUACGUACUGCUGUCAAUUGGCUAAGCAAAGGAAAAGUGCUGGAAUGGUUUGUCGAUUUGAAAUCUGAAAUUAUUUUAUUCUUACAACAAAGGGGCAAAAAUUGUCCUGAACUUGAUGAUGAUGAAUGGUGGAUACCAACAGCGUUUUUGACCGAUAUUACACAAAAAUUCAACACACUUAACUUGGAAUUACAAGGACCAAACAAGGUAAUUGGGCAAAUGAGUAACAAAAUAUUUACAUUUGAAGCCAAACUGCAAUUAUAUAUAAAUGAACUCGAAGUAAAACAUCUGUCUAAUUUGCCAACUGUUGCUAUGCUCCGAUCAGGCUUAACUAUCGCUGAAACUAUUUACCAAAACAUGAAAGAAUAUUUGUUUUUUAUUUGGAAGAAGUAA